ACUUACUUUCUCGGUCCCCGUAGAAUUGUUGCUCCGCAGAAGGAGAAAGGAAAAAGCGACUUUUGUGGUGAUUACCGAGUUGUAAAUUCAUGUUCAUCCAUAUACUCAAAUGGAACAGUAACCAGGUUCGAUGAAUCAACUGAUGGAGAGUUCAAUGGAGAUGGUUUUGAUUCAUCUUUUUCUUGUUCAACAAUCUGUUUGGAAAUCAGAUUGAGUUCAAAUUGGAGAGAAAAAAUUGGGGUUUUAUUCAAGCUUUAAAUGGGUAUGAUUUUCAAUUUCGGACUUUUUAAAUCUCAAAAAUGAAAAUCCUUUCUCUUAUUUCUAUCGAGUUGAUACUUAUUUCCACUAUUGACAUUAGAAUUGAUUAUAAAACCUCGAACAUAUGGUUAGAAGGGGAAACAAUGGUGAUCUAAAGAAGUAUGUAAUUAGGUAAUCUAGAAGUAAUUUGGAAAUUGGAUUUUAGAUUUGUUCGGUUACAAAAAGAGCCAACUUUGUUUGAAUUAGGAUGUCGAUGUAUAUGAUUGCGAAUCUGAUUUGGGCGUUUACAGUAAUUUAAUUUUGUGUACACUGAUUUGGUAAGGAAGACACUAAAAACAGAAAUUCAACGGCACUUUGUUUCCCAAGAAUCUUCCCGUGAGUAAACUUGUAUAAAGACAUCUCAAGCUUGUGAAAGGUUCUCUUAUAUCGAUAUGGGUUUGAUUUUGUUUUGCUCUUUUAUUAGUAACGGAAUUAUUGUGUAAAUGCACAGACCUUAUGAUAUUCUGCUUUGUAGCAUAGGGUUUUAACUUGAUUGUUUUAAUUGCUGUUUUAAAUUUAAAUUUUUUUAAUCAAGUUUUGAUCUGAAUCGAAGGAAACUUGACGAAAUUUGGUGUUAUCAAAUGAGGAAGCUAAAACUGCAAAGUUUCUUGCGGGUGAAAGAAGGGCUAAUUGGGUUGGCCGUGGGAGAGUUUUAAGGGCUUUUUACUAUAUUAUGAGGACUUGGUAAAUCAACUGUUAGUCGUGGGAGAUUUAAUGAUUCAUAGCAAUAUAGUGGAGUUUCAAACACAUGACUAUACUAUCUGCGUGAGAUUUCCAAAUACCACAAAACCUGGAUACUAUUAGGAGAUACGUAGUGUUUGGACUCAAGACUGUGUCUUGAGCCCUACGUGUCUGGAUUCUGAGACCAACUUGGAUAGUCCAUGUAGAUGGUCUGUUUACAUAAGUAGCAAACUUGAGAUCCAAGUAAUCGGUCUCAAGUCGGUAGGUCUAGGGUUUGUGUCUUGUAACCCAAGUUUGGUCUUGUAUAAAUAAAGACGUGAUGAAUGAAUGGAAAGGGAGAGAAUUACCAAAACAUAACAUGGCAUCACGAGCCGGUUAAGAACCCUAAAAGAAAACGAUGGAUGGUGAAACAGAGUCAUCCAAAGGGAAAAAUAUAGAGUGUGAUAUGCAGAAGAAGAAUCCAGUCUACCAUCUAGGAUCGAGUGAUGGUCCAGGCAUCAUCAUCACGCCGAUUGUUUUAAAGGGGACUAACUAUGAUGAAUGGGCUAGAGCCAUAAGACGAUCAUUGAUAGCUAAAAGGAAGUUUGGUUUUGUUGAUGGAACAAUCACAAAACCUGAAGAUAGUGACCAGUUGGAAGAGUGGAUUGUUGUCCAGUCAAUGCUUGUUUCAUGGAUUAGCAACACGUUAGAUUCAUCAAUUAGAUCGAGCUUGGGAGACUAUGAUGAUGCAAACUUGCUGUGGACACAGUUGAAGAGAAGAUACUGUGUUGUAAGCGGAACAAGAAUCUGUCAGCUGAAAGCUUCGUUAAGUGAGUGCAAACAAAAGAAAGCAGAAGGUGUAGCCGAGUACUUUGGGAGAUUGAACAAGAUAUGGGAUGAGAUGGUAACAUACAUGAAGGUACCUCAGUGCAAGUGUGGUAAGUGCACUUGUAAUAUCGCAUCACAAGUAAGUAUGUUGAGAGAAGAAGACUUUCUGCAUUAUUUUUUGAUUGGAUUAGACUCUGUGUAUAGUUCCGUGCGUGAACAACUGUUGGCUAGAGACCCGUUGCCAUCAACAGAUGUAGCAUACCAGACAAUGGUGAAUUCGGAGCGUCUGCGUAUAGGAGAAGUAGCUAUGUCUACGGAGGUACAUGACAAUGUGAUGGCAUUCAGAGUACAAUCUGAUCAACGCCAACUCAACAAUACGUAUCAUCCUAACAAGCAUUGCAAGUACUGUACCAGAGAUGGACACUCAGAGGAUGGGUGUUUUCAACGUAUUGGAUACCCAGAAUGGUGGGGAGACAGACCUAGAGGCGGAAGAGGAUCUGGUCGAGGAGGCAGAACCAAUGGUAGAGGGCGUGGUGGCACUAACUUUACCGGUGGUAGAGGUGGUCGAGGACAAGGUGCAGGCAACCAGGUUCGAGCACACAACCUUAAUAUAUCAGACACAAGGCAGUCAGGUGGAGCGCUGGUAGUCCCCGAAGAUAUUAUAUUUAAAUGCAAAAUGGUCCCCGGCAGCGGCGCCAAAAACUUGGUAGGCCUUGAAAGGGUAUAAAAUAUGCGCAAUAAAAACGGGGGCCUACAGUAAUACCGCAA